UCCAGUCUCGACAGCGGUCACACAGCGUCCGUUUUAGAAGGAGAGGAAUGGACAACUUUAAGUAAGGAUUUCCCGAGUUAUCAUGGAGGCUUAGUUCGCCUUUCUCCCGGUAGAUGGCUCUAUCCUGCGCGCUACUGUGACCUGGCAAAUAAGCUUUAUAAUUUUAAGUUCCGAAAAGAAUGACGUGAUCAUGACUCCCGAAAUGUGGAGAACGUGGACGCAGGAGAUCGUGUGGACAAUGAGGAACAACCCGGAUCUGAACAAUCCUGAGGCGGAUGAAGAGGCCAUCGAUCGCGUUCCCUUUAUUGACGUUGACAUGUUCAUGCCCGUCUGCGAAGAAAUGGUCUCGAUCUCCAAAGCCUUCAGGAGACUGUGUCCUGAAGCCGAUCUUCGCGAAGGGGAGAUCAUCCAGCUGGCGGAGGCGAUGGCGAGUCCACGAACGCUGAAGACGCACUUGCCUUUCUCUCUCGUUUCUCCCGAGGUCAUGGAUCAGGCGAAGGUGGUUUACGUGGCCAGGAACCCGAAGGACACGAUGGUCUCCUACCUGCACCACCACCGCCUCUUCCGCGAGCAGGAAUUCGUGGGUUCCCUCGAGGAGUUCGUCGAUUAUUUCGUCAGAGAUGAUUUGGUGUACGGGCCGUACUGGCUGCACCUGAAGGAGGCAUGGCAGCGCCGCGACCACCCCAACCUGCACUUCGUCUUCUACGAGGACCUCAAAGCGGACAUCACGGGCGAACUGAAGAAGCUGGACGCCUUCCUCGGCACGGGGCUCUCCGGAGACCAGCUCGCCAAUGUGGCCAAAUUCACCAGCUUCGGGGAGAUGAAAGCCAGGGAAGAGAAAAACCUGGACAAAGAGUACAUGAACAACGAUGCCUUUGUUAAUCAGGAGGUCCGUAAGAAGGAUGGAGGUUUCUUCAGACAAGGCAAGGUAGGCGACUGGAGGAAUAAGUUGACUCCAGAGUUAGUCGGGAAACUGGAAGAUUGGAUCAGCCAAAAGUGCGAUUUUGGAAUAAGUUUUAAGUAAACGAAAAAAUGUGACGAUUUCCUGAACAAGAAUUAAAGCAGUUUGUUAUCUGUGUAAAAACAAUUUUUGUUGUGUAGUGUGAGUUUUUUUUUUAUCUGGCAAAUCGUAACUUUGUAUCAGAAACAAUAGACGAGUACAUUUCAUUAAUAAAUAUUUACUACUUGAUAACAAAGAUAUAAAAAAACGACCCUGUUUAUAUUACCAUGUUUUAUAAUAAAAUAUUCCCACUCUAA